UGAAUUUUCCGAGAGCACCCUCAGUCGCUCUAAGAUGGACGGCGGUGGAGCGUACGGCGGUGGUAAGGCUGGUGCCCCAUUCGACCCAAUUUCAUUUGUACAAAGGCCUCAGGUUAUUCUAAAAGCAGUAUGUCUGCUCUUCUCGAUAAUUAUCUUCGGUUGUAUAAGCAGCAAAGGAUAUAGGAGUGAUGAGAAUGGAAAAGAGUACUGCCUGUAUAAUGGAGACGCAAAUGCAUGUAACUAUGGUGUUGGCAUUGGAGUCCUGGCAUUCCUCGCCUGCAUCGGUUUUCUCGUUGGUGAAUAUCUGUUUGAACAAAUGUCAUCGGUGAAGACACGGAAACAUUACGUUCUUGCUGAUCUUGGAUUCUCCGGUCUUUGGGCAUUUUUGUGUUUCAUUGGAUUUUGUUAUUUAACUAAUGCAUGGAAUAAAUCAGUGGCACCGAUUGACAGAUAUGGCGUUAAUAAUGUUCAAGGAGCAAUUGCAUUCUUGUUUUUCUCUAUAUUUUCGUGGGCGGGGAGUGCUUGGUUUGCAUUCCAAAGAUUCAAACAAGGUACAGAUGCUGCAUUUGCCCCGAGUUACGAGGCUGAUCCUGUCGGUGGGGCUGGCUACACAAGUUAUCCAGACGCAUCGGAUGCUGCAUACCAGGAGCAGCCCUUCCCUCAGCAGCAGCAGCAGCAGCAACGAGGUAUGACUGAUUUCCAGGCACCAGCGUAUUGAGACGAUUGGUGUGAUUUGAAAAAAAAAACAGAGAGAAGAGAAAAAAAUAUUCAUUGAUAGGGAAUAAAACAAAAAAAUUCAAUGUUUACGAUAAUUCAAACGUUAUUGCACAGCGGCAAAGCCACUUAACUUAAAAACAACAAGUAAAGUAAUGGCAUGAGAUUAUUAAUUAUAAUAACAAUAGGAGGGGACAACAGAAAUUGAAUAUGCUGGGCGAGGCCCUGACUCUCCAUGAUAAUUUUCUGAACUUUCCUUACAUCAUUUAUUGAUGAUAGCUCUUUUUUCGAGCAUUGCCAUGUUAUUGCUAACGUUAUUGAGUAACAAUCCAUCUCGAUAGAAUUUCAUUCCUGCUUUUUGUAUGAUAUAAAAAAAAUUUCAAUGAAUAUAAGCAUUUCGUUUUUCGGUGUACCUAUAUUUCAACAAAACCAUGGGGAUGAUUAAAUGGAGAACGUAUACAUGAACAGUGAAUUGAAACGGGCCUCAAAUGACCGUACAAUAUCGUCGAGUUCGUUGAAUAAUUUACCUAGAAUUGUAAUGACAAGGAAUCACCGAUUUACCAGUUAUUAUAUCAAUGUGACGAGGAAUCGAACAACCAAACGUUGUAUAGUUUGUUGAGGUGCAAUUGUACCGAAUGCUUGAUUCAUUUGAAUUAUAAAAAUACUCAUACAGUAGAGUUAAUAAAAACAAGAGGUAAAAUUUCAACAUCGUGAUUGUGCAGUUUGUAGGUUGAAUAGUAUAUGAUUAUCAGAUUAUUUAUUGAGUAAGUAAAUGCUGAAAAAUGUCUAGUGGAAGGUUUCACGCCGUAAGGAAUGAGAGAAGAAAAAUCUAUAUUUAUUGAAUAUGAGUACUUGGGAGAAAGAACCAAAUGAGGAGGUGAUUGCUUUUGAAAUAUCUUUCUGCCGAAUUUCUUUGCUUUGAUUAUCUGUUUUUAUCUAGAGCCUUCCGAUCGAUUUCUCACGGCUCCCGUAGGCAAAACAAGGGUUUCAAUUUCACACACCGACGGUGCACAUUUUUCAGAUAUUUAAUAACGUCUGAAUGACAUGAAAAUUUGUCUGGAUUCCAGACAGAUGCCUAAUCAUAUUAAUUCAUAUUUUAAUUUGGUUGAGAGGUGUUGCAGUCUGAAAAAUGACUACGUAAGGAGUGUAAAGUUCAGACCUUCGUUUUUGUUGUAUCCGGAUGGUGUUCUCGAUUCAGUUUUAUCUAACAUGGAGAACAGUCUUGACAUUGUGUGAAAAAUUGUUCAGCUGUACGGCGAGCGAAGAAGUUUAUUUAUUUUCAUGUUUGAAGAUAACUGAUGUAUUAUUUUUGAUUCGAGAAUCAUUUCUUUUUCUGCGUAUGGAGCAUGUGUACUAAUUAGUACAUUUGGCAAUGCAGUAGGAAGGUAGCUGACGAUAUCCACAUGAGAGACUUUAAGUGUUCCAGAGGAAAACCGAAAGAAAAGCGUCUAAUGUAGUGGAACAUUAAUUGCAAUCUUGGUAGCAAUACGAGACGAAUUUGUAUAAUUUUUUAAUUUACGCGUGAUGAAUGGUCAAUUGACGUCUGACCAUCCGCCAAAAACUCUUCAUUUCGCGUUGAUCAUUAGCCAUUAAUCAAUUGCUGAACUAUCACUACCACUGAUUACUGAAUGACUGAUAAUUAUUUAAACGUCGAAUUUUGUGGUUUUGACUCCCUCAAUUGUCGUUGGAUGAAUUUAAACUGCAAAAGUUUGAGUUCAAUUCAUUGAUAUGAUAAUAUUCGAUCGAACCACAUGUACCUGGUUUUUAUUUAUUUAAUUUUUACAACCUCAAGUUAUUAAAUUGGUAUAGUCGGGUAAUUAUUGCGAGUCUUGGACUGUUCCAUGUAUUGAUUGAGCAGAAUCUAAUUAGCAUUAAUUCGAUGUGUAUAAUCCCAGUGUGAGUGAAGACUUGGUAGACAGUUCCAAACUUCAAUGCGACUGUAUGAAUGUUAUUCAUGUGUAAUCCGAUAGUAUUAUUGAACUUGCAAAUUAUCUGUAGACUGGGAAAACAAUGAAAAUCCAAAAAAAUGAUAAAAUAAAUUAAAGUAACGAAUGUAAUGAACAAAAUAAAUAUAUUAAACAAUAUAGCUGUAUUAUAAAACAAACGUGAAAAAAUGAGAGGUGAUGUGAUUAUUGACACCUGGGCAUAAAUGCACGUAGAAUGUUAACAUCCAUUGUGCGCUCCUAUUAAUUUUCUUCCUUAAAACAGAGAAAAAUAUGACAACUUACUCUGGAUUUCAUUGUGAAAAAAACUGGUAUCUUGUUUUUGUUGUGUUUUGACCAAUAUGUUUCAUAAUAUAAAAUAAAUAGAGUUAUAAUUAAAGCGUA